AUGAUGGCAAACGCGUAUGUAACUUGCUCAGCAUCGCUAGUUGGCCUAGGCACUGAAAGAUCCUCAAAAGGCCGUGCGCACGCCGCGUGCGCCCGUGUGGGUGCGCGCGUCUUUUGUUGUGCGCGCCUGUGUACGUGCGGCGGGCGGGCACGGGAGCGAUUCGUAAUCCGCGCUCGGCUCAAGUGUUUCGAGUGUUUCACAUUCGCCCGCUCUCCGUUCGUCGCCGGAGAGCCCGCGUCACACUUCAGCGUCGGCCGGCGGGGCUGUGUGACGGGCGGCGGCGGGGGCGGAAGCGAUUUUUCUCAUAUAGGAGAAUGGAUCGAA